UUUCUACUGACCAUCUCCUGGACCAAGUGACACGAACCCUUUUCUUGAUGUAGUCAUGGUUCAGAUGUCUACUGAAAUACCCUUUAUAAGUAGCCUCGAAAACAACAAUGGAUGGGAUCAAGAUAAUUCAAGAUUGAUCCCUUUUGAUGAAUCAGCGCGCAUACUCUUGGAAUUCGAAGUGUCCACGUAUGUACUGGAUGAUUUGAGUGAAGAUGACUAUUCUGAUUUUGAAGAUGAUAGCACUGAUGGUCAGGAAGAUAUGGGUUUUGAGGAUAACAUGUCUUCUGUUUCUUCAGAAUCAUACACUAGUCAUGUUCUUGAUGCUAAUGAUCUUUCAAUGCAGCUGCGGACAGAACUUGCCCUGGGUGAAGUUUCGCCUCUUCCUCAGCCGUAUACUUUCACUCUUUAUUCUGCUGGUUUUUAUCUUGAAGAUCCAUCUUUGAGGUUAGCGGAAACAUUUAGUGAUAAUGAGGGUUCAAAGGUGCAGUCCGCGAGUAAAGAAUCCAUUGAAAACUUGGAGGAGGUGAAGAUUGAUAGGGGAUCAUCAAAUUUGGAGUGUCCCGUCUGCUUAGAAACGAUCUCAACGGGGUCCGAAGCCAAACGCAUGCCAUGCUUUCAUAUCUACCAUGGGAAGUGCAUUGUUGAGUGGUUAAUGAAUAGCAAUACAUGCCCUGUUUGUCGCUACCAGAUGCCUACAGAGUCUUGAUUGAUUUGGUUUCAAAUUGGUUCUUGAACAUUUCUUGAAAUUCUUUGAUUUUGUUAUCUUCCGUACUUUUAUCCUUUUUCUUCGUUUAGGGAGUAGGAGCACUAUUACUUUGUCCUCAGAAGCCAGGGACUGUAAGAAUGCAGGUCCACUGGUUUUCCUUUGUUUGAUGGUACAAUCCUGUUUGUCAACAUGCAUGUAGGCAUUUAUUUUCCAGCUUUCCUUGACCAAAAUCCUGGAAAAGUUAUCUUUUAGACGAAGCAUGCUGAUCAGUUUAUGGU